GGCGCCCCACGCCCGUGUUGCGCGCCUCGCCCGCUCCGGCCCGCCGGCUCGUCAGAGCUCGGAGCGGGCGGCUUUCAGCCACACGCGCGCCUGCGACGCGCGAAGCCAGGCGGGCAGCGCCGCGCUCCAGUCCCGGCCCGAACCGGAGACUCCGGAACCACAGCACCCCUGGACCUUUCCAUUCCCCGGGCCUUCGCUCUCUCCACCGCACACGUCUUUUUUUUUUUUUUUUUUUUCUCUUUUCUUUUUUUUGGUCGUUUGUUCCUGAAUUAUGAACGUGGCCACGCCGCUCACGACUAAGACUUGGAGGGAAUUUGGAAAGGGAAAGAAAGGCUCGAGGAGGAGAGACGCGGCCAGUGCCGGUCCACUGGCGCCUCUCUUCUGAGAACUGCCCCGGCCCUGACCAUCGGAGCAGGGGACCCGCGCCGCCGAAGGCAACCGCGUGCCCGGCGCGUACCUGCGCGCCCGCUCGCGCUCCGCCCGCCCCAGCGCGCCGCCCCCGCCCCCAGCCCGGAUGCCGGCGCCCGGCCGGGGCCCCCGCGGGCCGCCGCUGACCAUGUCCGGGCGUCCGGAGGCGCGGCGCGAGCCGGCCGGCUGCGGCUCCUGCCUGGGGGCUGCGCUGGCCCUGCUGCUGCUGCUGCUGCCCGCCUGCUGCCCGGUGCGGGCGCAGAACGACACGGAGCCCAUCGUGCUGGAGGGCAAGUGCCUGGUGGUGUGCGACUCCAGCCCGUCGGCCGACGGCGCCGUCACCUCCUCGCUGGGCAUCUCCGUGCGCUCCGGCAGCGCCAAGGUGGCCUUCUCCGCCACGCGCAGCACCAACCACGAGCCGUCCGAGAUGAGCAACCGCACCAUGACCAUCUACUUCGACCAGGUAUUAGUAAAUAUUGGCAACCAUUUCGACCUUGCCUCCAGUAUAUUUGUAGCACCAAGAAAGGGGAUUUAUAGCUUCAGCUUCCACGUGGUCAAAGUGUAUAACAGACAAACGAUUCAGGUCAGUUUAAUGCAAAAUGGCUACCCGGUGAUCUCGGCGUUUGCAGGCGACCAGGAUGUCACCAGAGAAGCUGCUAGCAAUGGUGUCCUACUGCUCAUGGAAAGGGAGGACAAAGUGCAUCUCAAACUGGAGAGGGGCAACCUCAUGGGGGGCUGGAAGUACUCCACGUUCUCCGGCUUCUUGGUUUUUCCUCUAUAGACUCAGAGCCCCCUCGAUGGUGGGGAAGUCGCGAUGUGGACCCAGGAAUCCACCCUCUGUAACAUCCUGAACUCUCAGAAUAGGACAACUUGCUUCCAGCCUCCUCCAGACCUCGUGGUAGAAGAAUGACUUACUUCCGAAUCUCCAGCAUUUUCUUUGAAUACUGACAGUUCCUUGGGAACCUGGCCUCUAAUGAGUUUUAGAUGACAAGGUUUUAAGGAGAAAUGAGAUUAUCGAUUUGAGCAAUUUGUACCUGUGAUUGUAAAGUCAAUAUCGGAUUUUCUUGUUGGGGACCAUUGACUUGAUCUCCUUUUGUUUGUACUUUGUGUUGUUGUUCUGAUGCGAGGAGUGCCGCUGAGCCCAGGAUAGAGGGCAGGUUGCAGCAGGGCUCAAAGCCAGAGCCCCGCAAGGAGCCACCUGCCGGGCAGUCCUUGACAUGUGUUCUGUGUGUGUCCAUAGAGCCUCAAGAAAGGAGUGGCUUCCCUUUCAGUCUGUAUUUUCCCGCCCCUGGGUGGAUGUGAGGACGGGGGAGGGGGUUGGGACAUUGUGAACCUGUCAAGAAGUGCUUUAUCCAGAGAAGCAAAUUUUGCACGAUUGGAUUGCAAUUUCUGUUUCGUAUUGUUUGUGUUUUUUUUUUUUUUUUUCCUCAGAAAGCUUUACUUUUCUUUCCACAUUCAUCUCUUCCUCUUCACCCCAAUUUUAAUUUUCAUGUUGGGGUCAGGGAAAGUAAAUAUAUGUUGAAUUGUUGAAUGAGACCAAAUCCAAACCCUAAAAAAACAAAUAGCUGCAUAUUUUGUUUUGAAUGAGACCAAACGAAACCAAACAAUCUGUGUAUCAAAGUAAACGUAGCAAAUGGACAAUUCUGCCUAUUCUUUCAAAGACAUUGUCCCAGACGCAUCAUUAGAAGUAGCAGCCUGGAUUUUAUGUCCUUUGUUUAUUUUUAAUUUACACUCCGGAAUCCUUUAAGAACCUGGCGUUCCUGGGUGGGCCUGCACCGUCUGAGUUAAGAGUGGAAGCUGUAAAACCAAACCCUCUGCAGCCGCCGUUCCCUUGCCGAGUGCGCCCCUGACUUCUCGGUGUGUUUUCAUUCGUUGGAUCUGCCUCUGAGUGAUGGCACAGACAUCAGGUGCUUCAGAGACAGAAGGACCAGCUCCCCUUCUAGGGAUGCUCCUUUGAUCUGCCACAGGAAGGAAUAUGUUGACACUCAGUUGCUGGUACCUGGCGGGAGGCCACCUGGAAGGCACAGCGGUUAAAGGUAUUGGCUGAGGAACCGGAGGAGUGGUUUUACAAACCAUCUUGCUUUGGCACCUUGUGCGACAGUGUUGUUGAGACACAGCUGAGAGCUGAUGGGUGCGGGAUGCAUAUGCCAAGGAAAUGUCAUUGAUUCCAAAGCAAUCAAAGAUGAAACCUCAAACCGGAUGUUAAUUUGUCCUUUGUGUAACAAUGUAACCAAAAUAUUGAUGAUAAAAAGUCAUAAUUUAAGAUUCUGAAUAAAUGGGUUUGAUGUCUG